AUGACCCCUGGGUCGGAAUCAUCUGUUCUGUCAAGCAACUACUCUCGCCCUCUUUCUUAUACCGGUGCACGGGCUCCCGAACCUGCCAGCGAGCAAGGAGACUCAUCACAUGUAUACCCUCGACCCCAAAAGACACUCUUGGCUGUCGCUCAAACCGUUAAAAACCUUGGUGGGAGGCUGAAAAAUAAUUUUCGAGGCUUGGCGAAAUGCAUGGGCAAAUAUACGCGGCCGCGGCCCAAUCUUGUGAUCCCUCCUCGGUCCUCGCGGGCCAAUUUGGAUUCUACCUGGCAUUCAUCGUCCGUCGCAGACUCUGUCAUUUCCAUCACCCUUUCUUCCGACUUUCAAACUCUCUCCGAAUGGUUGGAAGAUCGGCAUCGCUCGGCAUCAGAGGACAUGACGAAUGGGCCAAGGAUGAGCCUUGAUGAGUAUGAACGGCAUGGUAGCUGGCUGGAACUUGUGCCCGCGGAGUCCAAGGAGAAAGGAUGGAUUUGCGGGAGACCCGGAUGCGAACUUCACAGAUCCGAUCUCAUGAACGACAACGACAGCGACGACAACGUUCCUGCGAACUCUUGCGCCUCUAGAUGGACGCCUAAGCUACAUUCCAACUCCAGUGAGAGCUAG